GGGGAGCUGGUUCUGGGGUCCCCACCGCUAGCGCACCGCCGCGUCGGGCCUGCGGCAGCGUCUAGGCGGGAGCGCCCAACUCGGUUUAUCCGCAGAAAUGCAGCCCCUGAGGUGCCUUCGCGUCGUCUCCUCCCUCGGGUGACUCGAGAGACGACUGGUUACAGAAGAGGAUGUGACUGUCAGAAUACUCCAGGGAGAAGGAUGAGUCCAGAUUUGCCUCUGCUGAAUGAUUACAAACAGGACUUCUUUCUGAAGCGCCUUCCACAAACUAUUCUUGGAGGCCCUCGACUCAAAUUAGGCUAUUGUGCCCCUCCUUACAUCUAUGUGAAUCAGAUUAUCCUUUUUCUGAUGCCAUGGGUUUUCGGUGGAAUAGGAACACUUUUGUACCAACUAGACAUUCUAGAAGACCAUUAUGCAGCAGUGCUUUCAGGCGGACUGAUGCUUGUUGCUGCACUCGUCAUCCAGUUCACGAGUGCAAAGGCUAAAACCAAAUCAGUGACAGUGCAAAGAAUAUUUACGACAGAUAUCUUAGCAGAAGAAGAUGAGCAUGAGUUCACAAGUUGUGUGGGUGCUGAGACUGUCAAAUUUCUAAUUCCAGGCAAGAAAUAUAUAGCCAAUACAGUUUUUCAUUCUGUUCUUGCUGGAUUGCUGUGUGGUCUUGGAACAUGGUAUCUGCUCCCAAGUAGAAUCACCUUGCUGUAUGGCUGUACAGGAGGCACUGCUGCACUGUUUAUCUUUGGAUGGAUAACUCUCUGUAUAGGAGAAUAUUCAUUAAUUAUAAACACACCUACAGAGACUGCAACUUUCCAAACCCAGGAUACUUAUGAAAUCACUCCUCUCAUGAGACCUCUUUAUAUUAUUUUCUUUGUUUCUGUGGACCUUGCACACAGGCUUAUCAAAGUAACACCAGUUCUCCAGCAUAUGAAUCAGGUUUUGCACAUCCUGUUUGUAUUUUUACCCUUCCUGUGGGCACUUGGGACUCUGCCCCCACCUGAUGCUCUUUUCUUAUGGGCCAUGGAGCAGGUUUUAGAGUUUGGCCUUGGAGGCUCAUCUAUGUCAACACACCUACGGUUGUUAGUGAUGUUCAUCUUUUCCGCUGGAACAGCUGUAACGUCGUAUUUUAUUCCCAGCACUGUGGGUGCGGUUCUUUUCAUGACUGGACUUGGUUUCUUACUGAGUCUUAACCUAAGUGAUACAAGUUUUGUCUUCAAGCACAGCAAGACCAGAAACAGGGCAGAAAUGGAAGCUCAGACUUCCCCCAGGGCUUCGGAAAGGCAUUUUCCAUGGAAACAGUUCCUCUUACGUGUCAUUGUGUUAGUCGUGGCUCUCUUAGAAACUGGUCUGCUGCAUCACUUCGCCGGAUUCUCACCGACUUCGGAAAGCAGUUCCCAGGCUGUUGUUGGCUACAUUUUGAUGCUAUUACUUGUAAUACUAUGGAUACUUAGAGAAAUCCAAAGCGUCUUUAUCUUGGGAAUUUUCCGAAACCCUUUCUAUCCAAAGGAUGUGCGAGCUGUGACUGUAUUCCUAGAGAGGCAAGCAAAGCUUCUGAAGGCCGGUGUCAUUAGAUGGAUUUUGCUCACUCUGGUGUCACCUUUUGCUAUGAUAGCGUUUCUUUCCUUGGAUAAUUCCUUACAGAGGCUCCACUCUGUGUCUGUCUCCAUUGGAUUCACAAGAGCUUUUCGAAUGGUGUGGCAGAAUACAGAAAAUGCUUUACUGGAGACAGCCAUUGUAUCAGCACUUCAUUUAUUGAUCUCCAGUACAGACUUAUGGUGGAACAGGAACCUAAAUACAGGACUGAAACUCUUAUUGGUUGGUAUCAUACGUGAUCGCCUGAUUCAGUUCAUUGCUAAAUUGCAGUUUGCUAUAACUGUUCUUUUGGCAUCGUGGAAAGAAAAAAAACAACAUCAAACAACAACUACCACUUUAUGCAUAGUCAAUGCUAUCUUCUUCCCGUUUGUAUUGGUCAUCAUAGCUUUGUCUACACUGCUGUCCUCUCCGUUACUCCCCCUCUUCACCCUUCCUGUGUUCCUGGUGGGGUUUCCCAGACCCACCCAGAGUUGGCCAGGAACUGUGGGCACUGCAGCUUGUGUGUGUGAGGACACCAUGUACUAUGAGCAGAUGGUCCCUAGGUUGACUGCUGCGUUGCAGACUGCGAUGGCAGCUGGAUGUUUAGGUCUCCUCUCACCUGGAACACACUACUUGGGCCGUUUUCAGGAUCGUUUAAUAUGGAUAAUGAUUCUAGAACGUGGCUAUACAUACUGCUGUAUUAACAUUAAGGGGUUAGAAUUGCAAGAAACAUCCUGUCAUACUGCUGAAGCACAAAGAGUUGAUGAAAUUUUUGAAGGUGCUUUUGAACAAGAGCACCCCAAAAUAUGUUCCCUUAAUGAACACGUUGGGAAUGUCUUAACACCCUGUACUGUUUUGCCUGUGAAGCUGUAUUCUGAUGCCCGGAAUGUCCUGUCUGGCAUAAUUGACUCUCAUGAAAACUUGACAAGUUUUAAAGGUGACCUUAUCAAAGUGCUUGUGUUCAUCCUCAUUCAGUACUGCUCCAGAAGGCCCAGUAAGCAGGAGAAUUUUCACGAAACUGAAAGUAAAGGGGAAACAUCUCUAAUAGUCCUGCCUCCUUUGAACUCUUCACCAUGUCCUACGUCCCCAGAAGACACAAACAGUUUUCAUUCACAGACUUUCAAUGAUUGGUCAGACGACAUUUUUGACGAUGAACCAACUGUCCAAAAAGGAAAAGAAGGAAAAAAUUGGGUGAAAGAUUUGUCAGGUACAACUGUGCCUAUUCCAGGCUUGGUAGACACACAGAAAGUUGAUGAUCUUUCUACUGGCACAAUUUCUGAAAACAAUCUUUACAAAGCAGUUACGCUGGGAUACCCUGCUAUUGACAAAGGAAAGCAGGAAAGCACGGCUUAUAUCCCUCUUAUGGAGUUCAGUUCUCACCAUUCUCACUUAGUGAGUUUACCUGAAGAAUGGAGGUCUAGCUGUUUACCCAGCUCCAAAAUGAAAGAGAUGAGCUCCCUCUUUCCAGAAGACUGGUACCAGUUUGUCUUAAGUCAGUUAGACUGUUUCCACUCAGAAGAAAUGGCCUCAACUGCACUGGAAGAAAUUUUAAAGGACAAAGUUUUAAAAGACUUCUACAUUCACAUAGUAAUGACUUGUUACUUUGGUUUAUUGGGAAUAGACAAUCUUGUUCCCACUGCUGGCCAUCUAGUCAGAGUUUAUGGUGGUGGUCUGCCCUGGUCUAGUGCCUUGGAUUGGCUCACAAUAAAGCCAGAACUGUUCCAGCUAGCUCUGAAAGCUUUCAGAUAUUCUCUGAAACUAAUGGUAGAUAAAGCAAGUUUAGGUCCAAUAGAAGAUUUCAAAGAGCUGAGCAGCUGCCUCGAGGAAUAUGAAAAUGACUGGUACAUUGGUUUAGUAUCAGAUGAAAAGUGGAAGGAAGCAGUUUCACAAGAAAAGCCUUGCUUGUUCUCUCUGGGCUAUGAUCCUCAUAUGGGAGUGUACACUGGGAGAGUGCUCACCCUUCAGGAAGUACCGGUCCAAGUUGGGAAGUUAAAUACUGAAGCUGUAACAGGGCAGUGGGCCAAUCUCUCAUGGGAACUGCUUUAUGCCACAAAUGAUGAUGAGGAACGGUACAGCAUCCAAGCUCAUCCGCUGCUUUUAAGAAACCUUACAGUGCAAGCUGCUGAACCUCCCCUUGGAUAUCCAAUUUACUCUUCAAAGCCUCUCCCCGUAUACCGGUGUUAGAGCCCAUCGUGACUGUUUGACCAACAGAGGAAGUGCUACUAGGAAAGAAAUAGUGUAAUUUCCUAAAGCUUCCCUGGGCUUUUUCCUAUCACAAGGAUGCCUGAGCAAAAGCUAGCUUCCAUAAAAUUGGUUCUCUGAGCCAAAAAUAAAAAUUAACUUCAUGUCUAAUGUCAAUGUUGGAAUUAGUUGGCCAAUAUUUGUGUCCAGUGGAUCAUGGUAGACGUUGAUAGAUAUAAUAAAAUAUUUGUUAGCAACUUUUCAGUGCUUUCUAAAAUAUUCGGUAGAUUACUUGUGUUACAAAAGUCAACACCUGUGUAAUUUGUACAUAACUAGAAUUUAUGUCAGUAUUUUAACUAAUGAUAGAUUCUUUCCAAGAUUAGUA